CUCCCCAUCGAAUCCUUAAAGGGGCCGCGAGGCGGCGGCAGUGGAGACGGGGCCCUGCUGCGCUCAGCUUCUCGGAGCAGCACAGCAAACUGAAAGGAAUAAGCUAUAAAGUGCGUCAGAGCUUGUUAAUUUCAAGUUGAUAAUACUUUAUUGGUGUGACCAGUUAUACUUUAUACAAGUGUUGGACAGGCACCUGGUGGAUUCCUCUGAGAUCCAACACGAUGUCUGGUCCCAGCCCUCAAGGUCACAACUGGAGCCAGAAGUCAGAAGACGAGGAGGAUCCCUUGGAUCAAAUGAUCUUGCGCACUGGCUGUGCCACUUUCCAUUAUGCGGUGCAGGAGUGCAUGGCUGAACACCAGGACUGGAGGAAGUGUCAGCAGCAGGUACAGGCCUUCAAGGACUGCAUGAAGGAACAUCAGAAGCAACGAAUGGAGGAACUGCAGAAGAAGCAAAGGUUAGCCCAGGCCAAGAGCUGAUAGAAAAGACUCAAGCUUGAAGCUCAAGGGAUCCAAGUCUAGCUCAGCCAGAGCAUGGAGAAUUUAACUCCUGAGAAGUAUCCUGCUGAAUCAAAGAGAGAUAAAACCUACUCCCUCUUGGGACUUGGCACGUACAUUAAGGGGACUGAUCAUAGUAAUCAGGAUGGGGGUGGCUUUGCUGAUGAUGUGUCACUGAAUAUUUUUUCACAGUGGAAAUAUCAGGUAAAAAUUUUUUUAAAUUUUCAGGUGAAAAAAUAAAUGGAUUUAUU